GCCAGGCGGCGUGCCCCAGCUUCGAGUUCGGUAUUCGGUUCAUUUCAGUUCCGCUGCCGGCACAGCGAUUCACUUAAAUCCACUUAAGUCCAUCAUCGGACGGAUUCGCGCAGUGCCACUGCCACUGGGCGCACAACGCAGACAAAAUUCUGAUGCCGAUGGUGGAAUUGAUACUGAAACUGAAAGUGCUGCUCCUGGUGCUCCCCUGGCUGCUGAUAUGCAAGUUCCUGUACAAGCCCGCGGACUUUACGGAGCCGUCUGUGUUCUACAACAGCCUGGACUAUCAUCCGGAGGACUACAUAGACACGUUCACAACGCUGCAGCAGGAAGACUACUUUCAGUGAUUGUGAAAUGAGGAUAAUUUGUUGAAUUUUUUGUUUUGUUUAAGUUUAUUUCCCAAAAAAAAUAUAAUGAGUGUGAGAGGAGCCCCGCUUUGGUUACUGUAAAAA